CGGCGAGUGGAGUGGAGUGGAGUCGUCUUGGUCGUGAGCUUUUUCGUUCGUCCCCCCACACAUCCACAUGCCCACGCCAUCAUCAUUCUUCCUUCCCCUCCCUUCACGCACUCCUCUCCACGCUUCCCUUCUACUCCUCCUCCCCCCUUCCCCUAUCCACUGACACACACACCUCAUUUGAAAUGGAAACCGUCUUUUAUCUCCCCACCUACAUCUUGCCUUGACCAGGCAAGAACCGGCAGAGCAAAUUAAGCUGAAGAAACACCAGUAGCAAUUAAAUCAAAUUAAUUCUCUCGGCCGUGCAUGGGAUGGCCAUGGCGUUCUUGAAGCCAGCGGCAGCACUGCGAGGAGGCGAGUGAGUGCUGAGCCUGAGCCAGUGCCACUACCUCCAAGACAAAAUAGCCAGGGAGAGAGAGAGAGCCAGAGUAGUACUACUAGAGUAUAGUUCCCUGCCUGGUUUCUCUGUCCAGCUUUUCCCAAUCCAAAGCUGCAAGCCUUGGCACGAGCUGUCGGCUUUUUCUUCUGCCCCUUCUUCUUCUUCUUCUUCGGCUCCUCUGUCGCAGACACCUCUUCUUCUUUCUCCAUUCCCUCGCAGUAGGCAGACCUGUUUCCUUCCGGCGGCUCCACCCCGAGCCCAAACUCCGGCCCGCGCCCACCCACAAUCCUGCGCCCCACGCCCCGCCCCCCGAGCUCCACCCGCGCCGGCCCCAGAGCUGCCUCCGCCAGCACCUCCGGCCCGUCCCCGAGCCCCACCCGCGCCUCCGCCCAAGUUCUCCUCCGGCAGCACACUUCGUUCCCAACAAUCACGUACGCACAUACCCCAGACGGCUGGAGGAAAACUGGGAAAGGCGCCGUAUCCAUCUUGCUCUUUCCUUUCGCGAGCCUCCACCGCCCCGCCGCAGUCGGGAUUCGGGAUCGGCCGAGCGGAUUUCCUUCCGUUUCCACGGCACCAGGAUCCCGUCCUUUUCUUUCUUUCCAGAAAUCCCAUCCUUCCUGCCUCUUUCCUCCCCAGAGCCAGCCUGUGUGCCUCCUUUUUUUGCGAGUGAGCGGGCUGACCAUGGAGUGGGACAAGGCCUCCGCCGCGGCGGCGGCGGCGGCGGCGGCCGGCGAGCCGGCGGAGGAGAGGGGCGAGGCGCUGGGGUACGUCAAGGUGAUGACGGACGAGCAGAUGGAGGUGCUCCGGAAGCAGAUCUCCAUCUACGCCACCAUCUGCGAGCAGCUCGUCGAGAUGCACCGCGCCCUCACCGCGCACCAGGACUCCAUUGCAGGUAUGAGGCUUGGUAAUCUGUACUGUGAUCCUCUAAUGGUUCACGGAGGCCACAAGAUCACAGCGAGGCAGCGAUGGACACCGACCCAGAUGCAGCUGCAGAUCCUCGAGAGCAUUUUUGACCAAGGAAAUGGAACACCAAGCAAGCAAAAGAUAAAGGAUAUCACAGCCGAGCUCUCGCAGCACGGACAGAUUUCAGAGACCAAUGUCUACAACUGGUUCCAGAACAGACGUGCACGCUCGAAGCGGAAGCAGGCAGCCUCUUCUCUACCAAGUAACACCGAAUCGGAGGCCGAGGGAGACGAGGAUUCCCCGACCGACAAGAAGCCUAGAUCAGACGGGUCACAGCAGCAGGGCAUGGCUGUGAGAGCUCACAACCCCGAGAGGAUCUCGGAGAUGCACCGUCACUUUGACGCAGCAGAGCGUGAGCAGGUCCGCGGUCCGAUGUAUGGGUCCAGCAAUGACAAUGGCCCGAGACCGUCGGGCGGUCUGGGCCAGAUGUCCUUCUACGAGAACGUUAUGUCGAAUCCAAGAAUCGACCAGUUCUUCCAGUACCGGACGGGCGAAAGCUUCGACAUGUCUGGGUGACACGAGAUGUUGUUUAGCCGACAGGAGUUGGGGUCUGAGAAGUUUGCCUUAGUGUAAAAAGCAGUAUGCGUUGGUUAUCGCGGUCUUGUCGACCUCCUCCUGAGAGUAGUUUAGCUCGAGUGGAAUUGGUUUGAUUUUCUCGUGGAAAUAGUUUGAGAAGCUGAUAUAUACAGUAUUUGCCCUUAGCCUAUAUAUUAACUUUCAAGUGUUGGUAUGCA